AUGAACCAAGAUCACGUUGUUUUGAACCGCACCAACCAAAAGAUGCCACUUAUCGGCUACGGCUGCUGGAAAGUCGACAAGGACCAGUGUGCUGACACUAUCUACAAUGCCAUCAAAGUCGGUUACAGACUCAUUGACAGCGCCGCCGUGUACGCCAAUGAAGUCGAAGUAGGCCAGGGUAUUGAGCGCGCCAUCAAGGAAGGUAUUGUCAAGCGCGAAGAUUUGUUCGUCGUCACCAAGCUGUGGAACACUUGCCAUCACAAGGACAAUGUGCGCCCUGCACUGCAGAAAUCCUUGAAGGACCUCAAUCUUUCCUACAUCGACUUAUAUCUCAUUCAUUUCCCUAUCCCGUUGGCCUAUGCUGAUAUCCAAAAGCAUGCGUUGGACUGGUUCGAGCCUGGUACGCAAAACAUGAAGAUUGAACGAUCGCCUCUGCAAGAAACCUGGCGCGAAAUGGAGCGAGCCGUGGACGAUAAACUGGUUCGCAACAUUGGUGUCUCUAACUGUAACGUCCAGACCAUUUUGGAUAUGCUUACCUAUGCCAAGUACAAGCCUGCUACCUUGCAGAUUGAACACCAUCCUUAUCUGCAACAGAACCGUUUGAUCAAAUGGGUCAAGUCGCAAGGCAUCCACAUCACGGCCUACUCGUCGUUUGGUCCCAUCUCUUACCUCGAAAUGUCGGAACAGGCCAAGAAUACCAAGCCGUUGCUGGACCACGAUGUUAUCAAGUCUAUUGCCAGCAAGCACGGUAAAACGACGGGCCAAGUUCUUUUGCGUUGGGCCGUUCAGCGAGACGUGGCCGUUAUUCCAAAGAGUAUGAAUAUGGACCGCAUGAAGUCCAACUUGGACGUUUUCUCCUGGUCUUUGGAUGACGAUGAUCUCGCCAAGAUCGCCGACAUGGAUAUCGGUUUACGAUUCAAUGACACGGUGGCCUACGGUCUUCCCAUUCCCCUUUUUGACUAG